CUCUUCCAAAUCUUUCAGGGUUGGACACUGCCAGCUUCAGAGACACUCACACAGGGCAUGGAGCAGACAGCAACACCAAACGCAGUGGCCAGCACCUCCCUGGACAGGACUCAUCCCACCUACACCUACAAGGUGGUCCUUCUGGGGAACACCUCAGUGGGGAAGUCGAGCCUUGCCUAUCGCUACGUGAAAAAUGACUUCAAGGAAUCGCUGCCCACAGUGGGAUGUUCCUUCUUCACACAGACACUCUGCCUGGAGGCCACCACCAUCAGGUUGGAGAUCUGGGACACGGCGGGCCAGGAGAAGUACCACAGCGUCUGCCACCUCUACUACCGGGGUGCCCACGCCGCCCUCCUCGUGUACGACAUCACUAGCAAGGAAACCCUGAGCAGGGCCAAGCUGUGGCUGCAGGAGCUGGAGAAGGAGUUCUUCCACGAUGAGAUUGUGAUAGCCUUGGUGGGCAACAAGGCAGACCUGGCCGCCGAGCGAGAAGUCACAACCGAGGAGGGAGAGGAGUUUGCACAGAGCAAGAGCCUGCUGUAUAUGGAGACAUCUGCAAAAUCCAACUACCAAGUGAAUGAGCUCUUCACAGCAGUAGCUCAAGAGCUCGUGGCUCAGGAAGGCCAGAAGGCAGCAGCGCCGCACGCAGCCCCCGUAGACCUGCAGGAGCCGCGGGGGCCGGGGCCGCGGUGCUGCAGGCCCUGA